UUAGUUACCCCGUAAAUGCGAUAUUUAGUGUUUAUUGGUGAUAAGACUCCUCCUGCCUCCUCCUCCUCUCCAAUGGCUGCUGCUCUGCUUCAUCCUCGUCUCUCUCUUCACAAACCUUCUUCUUCUUCUUCUUCUUCUUCUUCUUCUUGUAUUAAAUGUCCCAAGUGGGGUUUUGGUAAUUAUAUCCAAUGUUCGGGUCGCGGUUUUGGCCCCAAAUCAAGAAAUGAUGACAACAAGAAAACUAAAUCCUCACCUAAGCAGCAAUCUUCAACCUUACCUUCUCAGGCGCCUGGCUUAAGUUCUCCAACUGGUGGUGGUGGUGGUGGUGGCAAAAUGAUAUACACUUCUCCAGAUGACCUUGACUUUGAACAACGUCUCCAAGCUGUUAGAAAGUCGGCUCUUGAGCAGAAAAAGACGGAAGAGAAGAAAGAGUACUUGGCUAUUGAUUAUGAUGCUCCGAGUGAGACAAACAGUAGCACAGUAGGAUUGGGGACUAAGAUCGGAGUUGGAGUUGCUGUUGUUGUAUUUGGGCUUGUAUUUGCUCUUGGAGACUUUUUCCCUUCUGGAAGUAUCAGCCCUACAGAAGACGUUGCCGCAGUUAAUAAACUUUCAGAGAAGGAUAGAGCAAACCUAGAGAAGAGGCUGAAGCAGUUUGAAGAAACACUUGUCAUCUCACCUGAAGAUUCAACUGCUCUUGAAGGAGCUGCAGUGACCUUGGCAGAAAUGGGAGAAUAUAAAAGAUCUGCAACAUUGCUCGAAAAACUGACUGAGAAGAAGCCAAGUGAUCCUGAUGCUUUUCGUUUGCUUGGUGAAGUAAAAUAUGAGCUCAAAGAUUUUGAUGCAAGUGUUCUUGCAUAUAAAACUGCUGAAAGGGUAUCAGAGAGUGUUGAUUUUGAAAUCCUUCGAGGUCUUACAAAUUCUUUGCUGGCUGCCAAUAAACCUGAUCAGGCUGUUGAAGUGCUCCUGGCAUCUCGGGAACGCUUGAGUAAAGAGAAAUCUAGUGUUAACAUUGAAGCGAGUAGUACACGAUCUGAUGUGGAUCCCAUUCAAGUUGAGCUGCUUCUUGGAAAAGCGUAUUCAGAUUGGGGCCACAUAAGUGAUGCAGUAUCUGUUUAUGAUGGACUUAUCUCCAACCACCCUGAUGAUUUCAGGGGUUACUUAGCCAAGGGAAUCAUCUUGAAAGAGAAUGGGAGUGUAGGUGAUGCAGAGAGAAUGUUUAUACAGGCACGUUUCUUUGCACCUGAGAAAGCAAAGGCAUUUGUCGACAGAUAUUCCAGAUGAAUCAAACAAUUGUUACUUCUUGGCUAUAUGCAAUAUGUAUUUGCCAAGAUCAACAGCUACCGAGACUGUACACAAUGAUGAUGAUGAUGAUGAUGAUGAUGAUGAUGAUGAUGAUGAU